AUGGGGGUGGCGGGAUCGACUUUGGCUGUCCGGCCAUGGUACCCACCUGAGCCUGAGCUCACGGGACAUCAAUUGCAAGCCUUGAAUGUACUGCGCAUUAGCGUGCUCGGCUGGGCCAUUUCAUCCUACAUCAAAGCGGUGUUCCUGUCACCGCAACGGCGCAACGGACACCCGUUGUUCCUUGAGACUCCACCUGACCGUGUGGCAACGCUCAUUCGCAACUUCUCCUUCUUCAGCUGGUACAUGAGUUUGCGCCUGCUCUUCUCAUCGCAGAGCUCGUCCUCGUCGCUACGCUGGUUGGCCAAGCAGUGCCAGGGUCUAUCAGCCAACGCUGUCGCGAGCAUCACCAUCACCGCUGAACUGCUCUUUGAUGAGCUCUCCUAUGCUAUUUGCCUGAUUAGUCAUGAUGCAAAAGCAGAACUCUACGGCCGGCCCCUGAAUCCUCGUCAACAGCCUGAGCUUUUUGUCUGUUGUAUCUGCCACGACAAUGGCCUCGCUUCUCCCCUGUACACGUUUUGUCAAGAGUCUGAGGCCCACCUCGCACACUGGAGUUGCAUGAUGGCCUGGUACGAGAGCGAUGCAAAUCUGGCCAAGCAGUGUCCGCUUUGCCGCGGUGGUCUCAAGACCAUACCCACACCGGUGACCACCCGUGUCUUGACCUUACUUCAGUCCAAGCGCUUCUGGGCCGGACUUUUGCGCCGCUGCGCCGUUGUGGCUGGAAGCAACGCAGCCAGCCUGCUCAUUUUUCUGCUCAUGUUUGGUCUUCAAACCCUGAGGCGACAGAUGCGCCCCGGGUACGUGCAUGGCCAGGCCCUGAGCAAAGCCAUCCAACAGGCCGCGCUGCAGCGCACCGACUAA